AUGGCAUAUCAUCACCAUCACCCUCGCCUACUACAAUCACUCACCCGGCCUACCCACAUCAAACUACUAACCAACCGAUUCCCACUCAACCAGCACCACUUCCACUCAAGAACAACAACAACAACAAGACUCACAUCAAGAAUACCUACUACUCAGUCAUCCUCAUUCAAAACUCAUGCCAACCAACUCAAUCAAUGCAAAAUACCAACAGCAAAAACAACCACAACAACAGAAACAAAAACAGAAACAGAAACAACAGCAACCAAGAAUGACCAGCCUCCAAAGGCAAUCUCAACAGUCUCACUCUCCGACCUAAGAAGGCUGAUCAGACUAGCCAAGCCAGAAACGAAGACCCUGACGAUCGCCGGAGGACUGUUAGCGGUCUCCUCGACUGUCAGUCUCUCGAUGCCCUUCCUGUGGGGAAGGGUGAUCGACGUGUUCACCAGUCCAGAGCAACUGAGCAGCUUCUCGAGCUCCCUGCCGACCGUCGUCGGCGUCCUCACCGGCGUCUUCCUCCUCGGAUCCGGCGCCAAUACCUUGCGGAUCAUCCUCAUGCAUAUCGCCGGUCAGAGGAUCAUCAACCGGCUCAGAACCUCAGCCUUUGCCUCGAUCAUGCGUGCCGAUAUCUCUUGGCACGACCUGCGCGCUUCUUCUUCUUCCUCCUCUGCUUCUUCAAACAAUACGACAAACACUUCGAUCACCAGUCAUCUCAACAGUUCUCAUGGGACCGGAGACUUAGUCUCCCGUCUGAGCAGCGACUGUCAUCUAGUAGGAGACUCGAUCACCCGGGACUUAGCCGACGGGACCAAAGCCCUGGCCACCGUCCUGGCCGGGGUCUCGAUGAUGUUCCUGAUCUCCUCCAAGCUGACGCUCGUCAUGCUCACCGUCGUCCCGCCCACCGCUAUCGGCGCCGUCUUCUUCGGCCACUAUCUCAAGAAACUCAGCAGACAGACUCAGGUCGCCUUGGCUCAAAUCACCAGCCAUACCGAAGAGAAACUCAACCUGCUCAGAGCUGUCCAUACUUUUAAUGCUGUCCCACUCGAAAUUAAGACCUUCGAUAGGAAGGCCCAUACGAUCUUCGAGCUCGCCCGCAAGGAAGCUUAUGCGAGAGGAUUUGGGUUUACCGGCAAUGCGACGAUCAUUGCUUUACUAACUUACGGCGGCACGUUAGUGAGUCGGGGAGAGAUCUCAGUUGGAGACCUAUCUUCUUUGAUGAUGUACACGGCCUAUGUUGGCUCUUCGUUGAUCAGCCUGAGUAGUUGGUUUGCAACGCUGAUGAAAGGGCUCGGAGCGAGCAGCCGAAUCUUCGACCUUCUGGAUGCCAAGCCAGUAUCUGUUACCUUAGGUCAAGGGCGGGUUUUGAGUCCCACUGAGCCCCUCAAACCAGUCGUCUUCAAGAACGUCCACUUCUCCUACCCCGCCCGUCCUCAUACUCCUAUCCUGAAAGGCCUCGAUCUCCAGAUCACGCCCGGUAGCUCCCUUGCUAUCGCCGGAUCUUCUGGAAGUGGGAAAAGCACGCUGGCAUACCUGCUGUUGCGGUUCUAUGAUCCACAAUCCGGUGGGAUCUUUUAUGGAGACGAGUCGAUCCAGAGUUUUACGGCAGAAUCGUGGCGAUCGAAUAUCGGAGCGGUGCCACAGGAUCCAGCUUUACUGAGUGGGACGAUUGGGGAGAACAUAAUCUACGGGAUCAGCGGGAUGGUUGCUGAGAGUAAGAUGAGGGAGGCGGCGCGGCUGGCGAAUGCGAUCGAGUUUAUCGAAUCCUUGCCGUCCGGAUUUGAGACGGAGGUAGGGCCGAAAGGGAUCCAGCUCAGUGGCGGCCAACGUCAACGGCUGGCGAUCGCUCGUGCACUGGUCCGGGAUCCGAAACUGUUGAUCCUGGACGAGGCUACCAGUGCGCUCGAUACGGCGGCUGAGAACGAGGUGAAUCAGGCGAUCCAGAGCGUGAUGAACUCGGGUAGUCUGACCACCGUCAUCAUCGCUCAUCGGUUGAGUACGCUGAAGACUGCCGAUCGAAUCGUCUAUAUGGAGGAUGGGAAGAUCGUCGAGUCGGGUAGUUAUGAUGAAUUGUCUCGUGAAGGAACUGGGUUCAAUCUGAUGAUCAGAUCUCAACUGUUAUCUGGUGGUGGAAGAAGGAUCUAG